CAUUGCUUGAAGGGAAGAAUGUUGCAGGAUGACAUGGGCCUAAAUGAAGAUGAUGUUCUGGGAGAAGAGCCAGAGGACCUCACGAAAGAGGAUGCCAUCACUGAGGAUAAUGACAAGAAACCCAUAGUGUCUGAGGAGACGGCUGAAAAGAAAGUGGUAAAAAUCACACCCCCAGCGUCUGUGGAUGAGAGGGUACAGAAAAGAGCAGAACGCUUUAAUGUCCCUGCGUCAGCUGAUGGCAAGAAGGCCAUACGUGCUGUCCGAUCAGUAUCCCACAAAUAUUCCCCACACUAUUGAUUGGGCAUAUCUAUUAAUCUAUAUUGAC